AUGCAUGUCGAUUCUAUACAAAAGGAAGUUGACCAAUCCCCUGAUGUUAUCGAGGUUACCACAGCAGUAAAAGAUGCAGCAAUGUCUCCGACAGCCACUGCGUCUGGCAGUGAAUCUGAUCACCCUGAACUGUUGGGCUCAUUGACUACCCAGCAGCAGCAGCGAACCAGUGCUAGGGUCAUUAAGAAAUUAAAGCUGGAGCCGCCUAGUGACAAGCGGGUCAAAAGACCAGAAGGACAAGUGGACGAAUUAACAGAAUGUGAUACUCCCAACAAAAUCGAUGACAAGGACUUGCUCAAGUUUCCUACGGUGAAGCAACGCAUGCCGAAAGCUUUAUGGUCGACCGAUGAGAAAAGCUUGUUUUUCGAAGCCCUCAAUGAAUACGGGAAAGACUUUGAUGCCAUCACAGCACAUAUAUGUGCUAAGAUGAAGAAGAAAGGCAUGCCCGAUGUAAACCUGAAGACGAAGACCCAAGUUAGCCAUUUCUAUUACAGGACGUGGCACAAACUCUCCAAGCAUGUCCAUUUUAAUGAGAAUGUAAAAAAAGUUGCACAAGAGUUGUACGCCCUCAUAAACUACGGAGAGCUGCGCAAGAAACUGGCGUCGGUGAGCGAGAAGACAUGCGCGCGGCUGGGCGACAUGGUGCGGGACGAGCGCGCGUACGGUGCCCGCGUAUGUUCACGUGCGGGUGUUACAUUGCGUGCGCGCGAUGCGUGCGCGUGGGCGCGCGUGCAAGCGGCCGCACAUAACCCGCGCGCGCACGUCUCACUACCGCUGCAGCAAAGACAACCAAAAAAGCUGGCCUUGCAUUUGGGUCCCAAACCCAAUGCCGAGAUUCACAUUCCCGUGCUUAGCCCCAGUGAGCAGCUUUCCAGUCAAAAAAUCUGUUUCUCAUCUUAUUUAGAGCGUAUGUGCUCACAGAGGCGUGAUAAGGACGGUGGAUACAAAGAUAAAGAGAUAGAGCCAAAGAAGUUCAAAGAAGACAAUGAACCUAUCAAACUGAUGAACUUCGAUGAAACUGCCAUAGACGGUAUCGAAUUAAUGGCUAACUACAAGAACAUUCUGGAAGACGAAGAAAAGCCUAGCACGGAAGAUGAAAAGGAUAUGAAAGCUGAAGAAACAGCUGAUGAGGAGUUACUAGAGAAUAUUACGGAACGUGACAAAGAUGUUUUUGAAAAAGAAAUUUCGGAAAAAGAGAAGGAUAUAUCGGAAAGAGAUAAAGAUAUAUCAGAGAAAGAGAAAGAUAUGUCAGAAAAAGAAAAAGAUAGUUUUUCUGAGAUGGAAGAUGACGAAAAGUAUAAUAAGAGUGACACGGACAACGAAAGCGACCAGGGCAAGAAUGAACAAAAUGGAAAACAGACCAAAUUUAAGAAUCUGAAGGUAAAGUUUCGUAUACGUCCAAAGAAACGCGGCGGCAGUAUUUACACUUUAAUCCUGGACAAAGAUGGAGGGGGCCCGGAGGAGGUUAAGACUGAUGACCAGAAGACUGAAGACCAAAAGUCGGAAGAGGAGCCGAAGCCUGAUAUUGAUGUAGACAUGGCGAUGAGGCAGAUCAGAAAGGGCUGGAAAUUGGACUACUGGUGGGCGGAGCCUACUUCACCUUUGCCUCAACCGAUACAACCCACCCCAAAGCCAAGACAGGAGCCAGAAAAGGAAAAACUCAUUGAAAAGAAAGAGAAAGCUGACAAAACCCUUGACAAGAGCAUCGAUGGGCCGAUAGAAGACAGCGAGAGAACGAGAGAGAGCGACACUGAUAUAUUCUCACCGAAGAACGCUUAUGGACAGGAUAGUAACGAUGGAAUGUCGGGUGAUGAAAGAAAAUAUUUGAUACCUGUAAAGAUUGUUCCGAAUUCUUCACCGCCGUUGCCGAAGAUACUGCCCAAACCACCGCCCACAGCGCCUUCGGAUUUGUCGUUCUUGUAUGUGUUGAGUGAAUCGAACGGACAGUUUUACUUCCAUGACGGUGACCGAAGGAUACCGAUCACAUCACAAGAACAAACAGACUUCCUGCCUACUGAGUCGAUGUCUUUAUCCCCAUCACGUUUAUUACGCGAUACUGAGGGUUGGUUCGAAGGGUCCGUCCAAGAUUUCUCACUAAGCAGUUUCCUCGGACACCUGGAGGGACGACCCCAACAGGACCUGGUUGUGGACACCCAACUGCAGUCUCUGAUGGCGGAAUCGAGUGUGGAUUAUGUAGCGAAAUUCGCUGACCUAGCGGCCGAGGUCACUGACGAAGGCAAUAAUCUAAAUGAGGAGCUUAACUAA